AUGGCCUACCCAAAGUCCCACAACCCAUUUGCAGAUGAUGACGAUGACGAGAGCUUCCAGCCUGCGGAUACGGACGGCGUCGGCGGACUGAGCGACGCAGAGAGGAGACAGCGCUACCUUCAGCAGGAAGUGAUGCGCACAGCUCAGUCUGCGGUCGACAGCAGUUACCGUUCCGUCGGCCUGAUCUACGAGUCUGAGAAAAUGGGUGUGGAAACGGCAGAGGAGCUGAUGCGUCAGGGGGAUGUUUUAAAAAGAACAGACAAAAUGUUGGACAAUAUGGAUGAGGACCUGAAGACCAGCCAGAAGCACAUCAACAGCAUCAAGAGUGUUUGGGGCGGCCUGGUCAGCUACUUCAAGGGCAAACCUGAGCAACCCAAACCUCCGCCAGAGGAGCCUAAACCCUACCGGGCCAAUGAAAGAUUAGAGAAUGCCUUGUCCACCAGUAGGGGGCAAGAAGACAAGUACCAAGCAAGCCAUCCUAACCUAAGAAAACUGCAAACAGAAGGGUUCGGGGCCAUGGCAACCGUCGACGGCAGCUCUGCCGCACAGAACGGAUAUCCUCAGAACAAAUACCUUCGACAAGCUCACCAGACCUUGGACAACAAUUUAGAUGAAAUGGCAGACGGCUUAAGCCGCCUGAAGAACCUCGGUUUGGGUCUCCAAUCUGAGAUUGAUAGCCAGGACGACUCCAUCAAUUCCCUGCUCAACAAAGUAGACAAGAUGGACUCCAAGAUCAGUAAUACAAACCAACAGAUGAAAAGGCUUAAAUAA